AUGAUCUUCACGGCACCAGAUUUCCUUCCUACCCUACCGGCUCCUCUCCCGCUCCAAGAAACUAUUGGAGACUUUUGUUUGACAGCAAAUCUUGCUAAGACGGCCGGGUCUGACUCUGUAGACAAACGGCCUCCCUUUGUUGAGGCAGCGAUCGAUCGAGCAUGGACUGCGGAUGAGAUUGGUGUUCGCGUUGCUCAGGUUGCAGCAGCCUUGUUUGCUUCAUGGAGGCUUGUUCCUGGACAAGAGUGGAACAAAGUAGUCGCCAUCUUAGCUUCUAACAGCGUUGACACCCUGAUUCUUUCAUGGGCCAUCCACCGUAUUGGCGGUGGCUGCCUCAUGUUGCAACCAACGAGUUCGGCUGAUGAGAUCGCCGAGCAUCUUGAUCGUAUACCUCCAUUCGCCAUGUUCGUGUCACAGGAUCUGCUUCCUCUGGGUGAAGAAGCGGUUCGACGAAGCUCCAAUUCCUCAAAACUUCCAGUCUACAGGCUUUCUGUGCCUGACCGUUCUCCGCCAGCAGCGGCGGUCGAAUCAGACCUGGGCCUUGCCAAAAUCCCUACGCUUGAUGACUUGCUCGCAGCUGCCAAGGAAUUGCUCCCAAUGCACAAGACUCCUUUGGCUGCCGACGAGGCGACUCGACGCGUCGCGUAUUACUGUACCACGAGCGGCACUUCUGGUUUCCAGCGGAUUGUGGCAAUCACACACAAGAAUAUGAUUGCUAGCAUCUUGCAGGCUACAUCAUUCUACAAAGCUACUAGAGAGAGAGGCUCGGAGGUAACUCUGGGUUUCUUACCGUUCAACCACAUCUACGGUCUAUUGAUCACUCAUUCUCUGAUGUACUACGGCGACAGCCUCAUCGUCCAUCGGGGCUUUAACCUCAUGGAGAUCCUGACCUCCAUCGUCAAAUAUCGCAUCAACACUCUUUAUCUGGUGCCGCCUAUAAUCAAUGCACUAUCGCGGAAUGCAUCUAUCUUGGAUCGAUUUGACCUAAGCUCGGUCAACUCCAUCGUAUCCGGUGGUGGACCCCUUAAUAAAGAGGCUUUUACAAAAAUGCAGGCCGCACGACCCAACUGGCGAAUUCUUAGCGGCUGGGGUCAAACUGAAAGUUGUGGUAUCGGAUCUCUGUCACAUCCCAGCGACAUCUUCCCGGGUUCGAGUGGUGUCCUCCUUCCGGAUGUUCGAAUUCGACUGAGGGACGACUCUGGCCGUGAGGUUGAGAAGCUUGAGGAAAUGGGCGAGAUCGAAAUUGCCUCUCCUAGCGUCCUGCGUGGGUACAUUGACCAUGCUAACGAUGCACUUCUCCCGUCCGCAGGUGAUGAAGAACUCUGGUGGCCAACAGGAGACGUUGGUCUCUUCCGCGUGAGCCCUAGUGGUGAGACGCAUCUAUUUGUCGUAGACCGCAUCCGCGACAUGAUAAAGGUCAAGGGCAACCAAGUCGCUCCAGGCCAGAUUGAGGCACACUUGAGCAAACAUGCUGCCGUCGCCGAGACAGCAGUCGUCGGCGUCCCUGACGAGGUAGCCGGUGAGCGAGCUUUAGCCUUCAUAGUCCGGGAGCCAUCGUAUGCAUCUAGCACAAAUGAGUCUGAUCUUAGAAAGACAAUUCGGGAUUACAACGACCUCGCGUUGCCCGAGGUAUGCCGUCUGCAGGACCGCAUCAUCUUCAUCGAUCAGAUCCCCAAGAGUGCCAGCGGUAAAGUACUCAAAGGAGAACUGAGGAAGAAAUUAACUGCAUCGGCCCCCUGA